AUGACUAAUGGAGAAGGGACAGUUGACAGUUAUUGUUAUGGUGGUAACCUUACAGUGAGGUACAGGGAUGUCGACAAUGUGACACUUCACCUCGCCAUGUUCCCCCAAUUUCAUCCAGACCCUGUGUGUCGAGAUGAGAAAAUAAUCCAUUCUGCAUCCCAACAAUUUUUCCAGAUUUCACAAACUCGUUGAGCUCAGCAUCGCAGGUCAACCGGCAGAGAUUCUUCCAGGUGUUUCAGAAUGGUUUUGGAACGUCAGACACUGAGCCUUACUUUCUCUUUGAACUUAUCCAUUUACUCAAAUAUGUAUAUUUACAUACUCUUAAACAGUUAAGAAUACAAUGUUCGUUCUCUGCAAUAGCUGUAGAUGCAUUUGCUUGGAUGAAACAGUUGACCACUCUUACGGUAGCCAUAAACAGCUUGUCAGAGGUUUUAUGUAGAUUAAUAAAUAACACAUCUUACACUGACAUCCCUGCAUCUGUCAGGCAACAUUGCCACUCUGAGUAUCCCAAACUGCACCACCUAUAAUGGAUCUAUUUAUGAGAUCCCAAGUUUCUAUAGUCUUCAAGAUAUUGGCUUGACUUUCCGUCAUCUGAAGACCAUGGUCCUCUGUAGCUCAAUUGGUAGAGCACGGCGCUUGUAACGCCAGGGUAGUGGGUUCGAUCCCCGGGACCACCCAUACACAAAAAAUGUAUGCACACAUGACUGUAAGUCGCUUUGGAUAAAAGCGUCUGCUAAAUGUCAUAUUAUAUUAUUAUUAUUAUAGGUAGAAGUGUGUUGUGAAGGUUUUAAAAACAUUUAAUCUCUUAGCAUGCCUCUAAAUGAUGUACUGCAGAUGCAAUGACUGCAGUCGGGUGACAGCAAAGUGGAAUGAUUUGAAUUCUGUCAGGAGCAUGGUAACUUAGACAAUUUCACACAGACUCUAUCAACUCUCAACUUCUUAUGUUUCCUUGACUACAGACCAUAUCAACUUCUCAAUGUCUGCUAUUCAAAAGUUUUCAACAAAUAUUUAUUGAUCUGAGCUUUAUCCAUGUCUUGAGGAAUCUCCAGAGUUUGUCUGUUCAGAACUUUUCUUUGGACAAUACUAGAUUCACAUCCCCUUUGUAAAACUCAACCUAGUCCUAUCUUGUGGUUAAAAGUCUUCUCAUUGAUUUACAAUAAUAUUUUUUGCAUACAUCAUAGCCAGUUCUGUUGCAUGAAAAACAUGGAAGAACUGUACUUGAAAUACAAUCGAAUCUCCACCAUCGCCUAA